AUGAAAUCCGGUGUUUCUUGUAUGCGACGUGUAUGCUCUGCACCUCUCGUGUUCUCUGCCACAACGUCUCUUCGCUGCGGCUCCUCCUCACCGUGGAUUGCCCGACUACUGUAUGGAUCCUCCACAACUCCACUCUUUGGGCUGAGAAGCACCACCUACGCCUGGUCCAAAGGGGAUGGCACGAAUGUACAGGAUACCAAGACCGUACAAGAAGAAAAUGAUGCGGCACGAGUGUUGUAUUGUAAAGCCCUCAUUCACGCAUGCGGUGGUGGUAGACUCGCACGUGAUUGGGUGGCCGGUUACUCCGCACUGGUGUGUUCUUCAGAGCCAUUAUUGGUAUUGGCACUACGACACAAUGGAACCGAACAGGAUCUGGAACGCUACCGUAACCACCUUCUCGCAAAUCUAAACAGUUCUAGAGCUAAAAAUGACAACAAUAACCAUGACAAUAGUAAUCAAAAUAAUAAUAGUAAUUAUAAUAGUAAUAGUAGUAGUAGUAACAGUAGUACUGCAACUUUAGAGCAACUGGGUGAUUUACCUGAAGUGCGUUGUUUUGUGUAUGAUGCGAUGCGGGCUGCGGCCUUUCACCGGCGGCAUAAAGUGCCGGAGGAGGAGCGGCAGCGACUGUACGCCGUCGCCCGCAGUUUUGGACUGCCGGAGGACACCGCGCGGGGGUUGUGGUGGGUUGUGGAGAAGGAGGGCGCGAUUGAGCGGGAGAAGCAGCGGGCUUUCGAUCACCCCUGGUGUGAGUAG